AUGCGGCUCAACAACUUGAUCGUACUCCUCUCAGCCACCACUCCGUUGGUGGCAGCGUCCCCCCUCAGCUGGCUUGGCCUCGCCGCUUGGGACGUUGAGGGUUUCGCCAAAGACAAUCCGAUCGGCCCAACCACGGGCGGAAAAGGGGGCGCCACCGUGACGGUCGACAAUGUGGACGACUUCAAAGCAGCUGUUGCGGGUGACGAGCGCAGGAUUGUCAAGGUCAAGGGGGAGCUCAACUUCACUUCCCGCCCAAAGAUUGGGUCCAACAAGUCCGUCAUUGGCGUUGGCAAGACGGCUCACAUCACCGGCAGCGGCCUGGAUGUGGUCAACUCGACCAAUGUCAUCAUUCAGAACCUGAAGAUCACCUUUAUCCAGGACAAUGACUGCAUCACCAUCCGGAACUCGACCAGGGUCUGGGUGGAUCACAACGAGUUUGCGUCGGACAUUUCCAAGGGCCCUGACUUUUACGACGGACAAGUCGAUAUCAUCCGAGGAUCCGACUGGAUAACCGUGUCCUGGAACUACUUCCACGACCACUGGAAGUCGUCUCUGGUCGGCAACGAUCCCGCAUUCCGCGACAUCGAUUUUGGCCACCUCCACGUCACCUAUCAUCACAACCACUGGCGCAACGAGGGCACGCGUGGUCCUGCCGGCCGCUUUGGGCAUCAGCACGUUUACAACAACCUCUACGUCGACUUCCUGUACCAGGCGAUCCACUCCCGCUCUGACAACCAGGUGCUUGUUGAGGGUAACGUCUUCCGCGGAAAGACGCGCGAGGCGCUCAGCACCUACGGACUCGUCAUCCCGGAGGACUCGCCCAAUACCUGCACAUGCGGCGAUGAGGAGCUGGAUGGGUUCGCAAACCUGGGAGCGAGGAACGACUGGGGCGAUGCUGGGGUGAAUAUCACGCAGGUCGGGACUUUUGUCAAGGCCCCGUACAACUUCAAGCUCACGCCACUGCCGCUGGUUGCACCGAUUGUGAAGACAUGGGCUGGUGUGGGAAAGAUAUGA